AUGUAUAAAACAGUGAAAAUAAACGAUAUUGAACCAGAGCAAAAAUAUUCCGGACGUUUUAAUAAUCAGCCAUUAUCAAUGAAUGAUAGUUAUUGGAUCAACAAGAUUCAUGAUUAUCAUACAGGAAAGUCAGUUGAUAAAUAUCGAGUACAAUAUCAAAUAUCCAAUUCGCACUUUAACAGUUCUUCAGGAAAUGCCAUACUUCACUCGUUUAUGUUGGCUUAUAAUAAUCAUGAAGACAUAAUACUCUCACCUGAUGAUUUAUGGUUAAUGAUUUCGAUUUAUUUUUCAAAAUAUGUCAACGAUAAUGCUGAGCAAUUACGUCAUUUAUUUGUUGAUCAUAAAGAAAAGAAAAAGUUAGUAGUUACAGAACCGGUGGGUAAACGAGAAGAAGACUGGACCGAUUUUUUUGGUAUGAUGAAAGAAAAAAUAUCAAAAAAUGUAAAAAGUGCUGAUAUUAUUGAUCACUUAGUAUCAAAUUUUUCAACAACUACACAAAUUGAAUCAAUUUUAUCUUAUGCCUGUAUAAUGGAUACGUUUAAAGCUUACUUUUCUUAUGGACGAUGUAUUCCAGAUUGCGGAAUAAGAGCCGUACAUUUUCAAGGUACAUCGGAUGAUUGGCAUUUAUUGAAACAUAAGACCGAACAAUUGAAAAUGUAUACCAAAACUGAUGAUGAUUAUCAUCAAUAUUUGGAUAAUGUAUUACCAAUAUUAGAUGAAUUUAUUAAAACGUAUCAGGGACACGUAAAUUCUGGCUUUUGGGAUCGUGUAAUGAAUUUAGAACAUGGUCAAUUAGGUUCCGGUAGUACAAUGUACAUUAGUGGAUGGAUAUUAAAAUUAUUUUAUGGUAUUAAUAUCAAUUCCAAUCAAAUUGAGUUUGAUGAUAUUACGUUAAAUAAUAUAAAAGUACCAGUUGAAGUUGAAAACCAUUGCACCGGGCAAAGGAAAACAUGCUACAUCGUUGGUGGAUUCCAUGGUGUACAGAGCGAAAAUCAUAAACAUAAACCUGUUAUGAGUUUGGCUGUGAUUGAAGAUUUAUCAACGAUAAGGAAUCUUAACGAUGCUUAA